AGCCCGCAUCCCUAGUUGAAAUACAACCCUUCCUCGAAAGCGUCUGUCAAAGCGGUCCGUUUAAUUUCUCGACUAGAAUUUUCCGACUAGAAUGAAGUGACUGAACAAAAACGACUUGUUUAAAUCCGCGUAGAAUUUUCGCUGUGCAAGCUCAAUUUUGGGCCACCAAACACACACAUACGCACGCGAGAUUUACCGUUUGAAAGCGGAAAAGCAAAUUGCAAAGUCGGCAUUUUUCACGUGCCCUGCGUUUUUCCCCAAAUUCCAACAAAAUAAAGCGUCGAGCGGACUACGAUAUGUCUGAACUCGAUUGGGACGAUCCAAAGUAUGUGGAGGCACCGGUCAAGGUGCAGGAGUACUCCAAGAUGAACGAUAAGUACGAAAGGAGUCUCAGACGCGAUGAUAAUUCACGUGGAUACGGAGGCGAUAGGAAGCGGGAUGACAAUCGUGGAAAUCGUGAUGAUUACGGCGGAGGAAGACGGGAUAAUCGAGGAAACCGCGAUGAUCACGGAGGAGGAGGACGUCGUGACAAUCGGGAUAAUCGCGAUAAUAACUACGGCGGUGGCAGAGGUUUCAGCGAAUCCCUGAGCAUCGCUUCCGAAAUGAUCGGAAAAGUCAUUGGAAGAGCCGGAGCUAAUAUAUCACGGAUUCAGACCGAUUUCGAUGUCUACGUGAAGGUGGACAAGAUCGAGUUAAUAGUCAAUAUAACUGGUAAGGUCCAGAGCAACGUCUCUGAUGCUAUCAAUCACGUUCGCAAGCAGGUCACUAGUGAUCCGGGAAAUAGGGGAAGGGAUCAGGAUAGAAGGGGUUCCUUUGGCGGUGGUGGCUACGGAGGAGGUGGUGGCGGACAUGGCAAAUCCAAGGGAAGUAGCUACGAGUUCAAUCCCCCGGCUUCAAGGCCCACCACUGACGAGGGAGGAGAUCUCACCGGUUCCAUCGAUUGGGCAUCCAUUAACAAAGCUUCGGAAGCAGCUACUAAAGCUCGUUGGGCCAAGUGUCCACCGCUGACAAAGAACUUCUACAAGGAGGCGCCAGAAGUGGCCAAUCUUUCCGAGGACCAGAUCGAGCGCAUUCGCGCUGAUAAUAACAACAUCUCGGUCUCGCACGUUUUCGAGCCGAAGGAGGGAGAAACUGCUCCACCCAUUCCAAAUCCAGUUUGGACAUUCGAGCAAUGCUUUGCCGAAUAUCCGGAUCUACUUGGCGAGAUCACCAAAAUGGGCUUCUCCAAGCCCUCGCCCAUCCAAUCGCAGGCGUGGCCUAUUCUCCUCCAAGGACAUGAUAUGAUUGGAAUCGCCCAAACGGGCACGGGCAAAACUCUGGCCUUCUUGCUGCCCGGAAUGAUUCACACCGAGUACCAGAGCGUUCCCAGAGGUCAGAGGGGCGGUGCCAAUGUCCUCAUUCUGGCGCCCACUCGAGAGUUGGCCCUGCAGAUCGAAAUGGAGGUGAAGAAGUACUCCUUCCGCGACAUGAAAGCCGUUUGCGUAUACGGCGGUGGCGACCGUCGCAUGCAGAUCUCGGACUUGGAGCGCGGAGCGGAGAUCAUCAUCUGCACUCCGGGUCGCCUCAACGAUCUGGUGCAGGCCAACGUUAUCGAUGUGAGCAGCAUCACUUAUCUGGUGCUCGACGAGGCCGAUCGCAUGCUGGACAUGGGCUUUGAGCCGCAGAUCCGCAAGGUAAUGCUGGACAUACGCCCGGAUCGCCAGACCAUUAUGACUUCAGCCACUUGGCCGCCGGGAGUUCGUCGUUUGGCGCAGAGCUACAUGAAGAACCCGAUACAGGUGUGUGUCGGCUCGCUCGAUCUGGCGGCCACGCACUCGGUGAAGCAAGUGAUUGAGUUGCUCGAGGACGACAAGGAGAAGUUUAGAACGAUUAAGUCGUUCGUGAAGAACAUGAGCAAGACGGACAAGAUCAUUAUUUUCUGCGGACGCAAGGCUCGCGCCGAUGCUUCCAGUGAUCUCACGCUGGAUGGUUUCAUGACCCAGUGCAUUCAUGGCAAUCGCGAUCAGAGCGAUCGUGAGCAGGCUAUAGCUGAUAUCAAGUCGGGUGCCGUGCACAUCCUGGUUGCCACCGAUGUGGCAUCUCGUGGCCUGGACAUCGAGGACAUAUCUCAUGUCAUCAACUAUGAUUUUCCGCGUAACAUCGAGGAGUAUGUGCACCGUGUGGGUCGCACCGGACGUGCUGGCCGUAAGGGCACCUCCAUAAGUUUUAUCACUCGCGAGGAUUGGGGCGUGGCCAAGGAUCUGAUUGAUAUCCUUCAGGAGGCAGAGCAGGAAGUCCCCGACGAACUGCACAAAAUGGCGACGCGUUUCAAGGCCAUGAAGGAGAGACGCGCUGCUGAAGGCGGCGGAUUCGGUGGAGGAGGAGGUGGUCGUUUUGGUGGCGGCGGAGGAGGAGGCCGCAGUGGCGGUGGUGGACGCGGCGGUGGAGGCCGCAACUUCUAAGGAUUUAGCUUCUGAUUGAAUCUCCAGAUCGCAUUUUGUAGUUAUUAGAGACCACAGCGCAUUGAAGUGCCUUGAAAUUUUGUUCAACAAAUUUGUUUAACGAUUCUUCUAUCCAAAGAUAGAUUAUACACAGAAAUAAACCCAGUGGGGAACUAAACAUUCA